AGAAAGAAAGUAAAUCUAUGUAAUUAAAAAAAUGGAAAAAUCCGUGGUUUUAGAAGAGACGCAAAAAAUAAUCGAUAGAGCUCCAUUUCGAGAGAUGAAAAUUAAUGACACUAGUGUAUUGGAUACAGUUGACGGUCGUGGUAUUUGUGAAAAAUGUUAUAAAUCGAGAAAAUAUUUUUGUUACACUUGCUAUACGUUGAUUGUUGAUAAAACAAUUAUUCCACAAGUUAAGUUACCGAUAAAAAUAGACAUUAUAAAACACUCGAGAGAAAUUGAUGGGAAAUCGACGGCAGUUCAUGCCACAAUUUUAUCGCCAAAUAAUGUGAAAAUUUACACGUAUCCGGAUUUUCCUGUUUUAUCAGAAAACGAGAAGAUUGUUCUCAUAUUUCCUGGUAAAACGGCAACGAGCGUCGAAUCGCUUUUUACUUGUGAUAAAAAUGACGAAACAAUGAAUGAAAAUUCACUAUUAACGACAAAUGGACUUCCAAUUACACGUGCAAUUUUCAUCGAUAGUACUUGGCAGCAGACGAAAGCAAUUUAUAAGGAGCAAAAAUUACGAGAAUUGCCGUGCGUAGUAUUAAAAGGACGAAUAUCACAAUUUUGGAGGCAUCAGAAAAAAAGUCCACGAUGGUAUUUAGCGACAAUUGAGGCGAUACAUCAAUUUUUAAUUGAAUUUCACGCCUGUGCUUUUGAUAAUUAUCGUGAAAAUCAAGUGGAAAUUCGAAACGAUAAUGGCGAAUUGUCAGAAUUGUGCCAGCCUUAUAAUGGACAAUAUGACAAUUUAUUGUUUUUCUUUAAACACAUGUACGAAAAAAUUCACACUAUUUAUGAUCACGAGCAACUUUUCGCUUAUAAACGACCGUUAAUUUAAUUUAAUUUUUUUUUCUGUUUCAUUUAGAAUAAUCGCCAACUGUGAUAUAUUUCUAUAAAUGAUUAAUAUUAAGAAGAGUAGAGUUUUUUUCUAAUUGCAAAUU